UUAUUUGAGUUGAAAGAUCAGUUGCAGUACAUUGCUAAAAGGACAGUAAAAAACAAAAAAUGGUUCGACAAAAUAUGAAACAUCCAAAAUCUCUGACUCGCUUUCCUCUCCCUCUCUCCAAAUCUCAAUCUGUCAAUCAUGUUUCCUUCAACAACUCUCUGUCAAACUCCUGCAUUCAGUUACACCCUCUCCCUGCUUCAUUUAACUCAACUUCUAAAGCUGAAGAUUGAAUUUUGAAACCUUUUCCAUAAACCCAAUAUUUUGUUCAUUCAUAUCUGAAGCUAAAGAUUGAUUCAUCUGAAGCUCAAGAUUGAAUUUUUAGACCUUUUCCAUAAACCCCACAUCUUUUUCAAUCAUAUCUGAAGCUAAAGAUUGAAUCUUGAAACUUUUUUCACUUCACAGAAAACACCAUUAACAUGGGUACUAGCAAACAGAGGUGGAGAAUCUCAUUUCACAAGUCUCCAUCAAAGCAACCAUCUUUUCCUAAAGAAUUUAUUUGUCCAAUUUCUGGUUCUCUAAUGGCUGAUCCUGUAAUUGUUUCUUCUGGUCAUACAUUUGAACGCCACUGUGUUCAUGCCUGCAAAUCACUAUCUUUUACACCUAUUCUUCCAGAUGGUUCUAUUCCUGAUUUCUCCACUAUUAUUCCAAACUUGGCUCUAAAAUCCACUAUCCUCAACUUUUGCCGUUCUUCUCUUCUUGACCCUCCAAAACCCAUCAAUUUCCUCACUGCUGAGAACCUCGUUUCUUCAUUAAUGCACACCCAAAAGGCACAAAAUCUCAGUAGUUUAAGAAAUCGAGUACUGAGUCAUAUCUCAACGAGUUCAGAGGAAUCUGUGACUCCAAGAAGUGGGCCCACACGUCCCUCUUGUUACUCUUCAUCUUCAGCCUCUGACGUGGAUACCCUGAACACUAAUUCUUAUGAAGAAGAUGAACUUGUUGGUAAAUUAAAAAGCUCCCAAGUUUCUGAACAAGAAGAAGCUGUAAUCUAUUUUAGGAAGUUGACCCGAACCCGAGAAGAAACCCGGGUCCAGUUCUGCACCCCUCGUGUAUUAUCAGCUCUACGUGUACUUAUUACAUCAAGGUAUGCUUCAAUACAAGUUAAUUCAGUAGCUGCAUUGGUGAAUUUGUCAUUAGAGAAUAGAAAUAAGGUGAAUAUUAUACGUUCUGGAAUUGUUCCCCCUUUAAUUGAUGUGUUAAAAGGGGGUUUUCAAGAAUCACAAGAACAUGCUGCCGGUGCAGUUUUCAGUUUAGCGUUAGAUGAUCAGAACAAGACUGCACUUGGGGUAUUAGGAGCACUGCCUCCGCUUCUUCAUGCGCUUCGCUCCGAAUCGGAGCGGACUCGGCAUGAUUCUGCUUUGGCUCUGUAUCAUCUUUCUUUGGUUCAGAGUAACAGGGCUAAGUUGGUGAAACUCGGGGCUGUUCAGGCAUUGCUUGGUAUGGUUAAAACGGGUCAUAUGACGGGUCGGUUCAUGUUGAUACUCUGUAACCUGGCUGCAAGUUCUGAAGGGAGAGCAGCAAUGCUUGAUGGGGGUGCAGUGGAAUGUUUUGUUAGUAUGUUGAGAAAGGGAGAGUUUGAUUCGGAGUCGAGUCGUGAGAAUUGUAUUGCUGCAUUGUAUGGUCUAAGUCAUGGUGGGUUAAGGUUUAAAGGGUUGGCAAAGGAGGCUGCUGCGGAGGAGUUGUUGAUACAAGUUGAGGAAACGGGAAGUGAGCGGGCCAAGGAUAAGGCUAGAAAGAUAUUGGAGGUGUUGAGGCAGAAGGAUGAAGAGGAGGAGGAAGUUGAUUGGGAGAAGUUGCUUAAUUCGGAUGAUGAUAUCAGUCAAUCACGGAUAAGUACAAGUUCUUCAUAGCUCUUGUUUGUUUUUGUUUCUUCAUUGUAUGCUGUUUCAUUCUUUUUUCCUGAGAAAUGGCUUGUAAAUUGGGCACGAUGUUCUCUUCGCAUAGCUGCUGAUAGCAUCAUUUGGGUUUUGGCUUUGCUCUCGAUGUCUUCUGAGAUCAUGUUGUGACCGUUGACGGGGUAAAUAAUGUUGAAAGUGUAAAGAAAAGAUUCUGAACAGUGUUCUUUUGAUUUGGAAAAAGAUAAUCUUUAACAUGAACCCAUGGUCUCCUAA